UUGGAUCCGAUCCGCAAAAGGAUAUACACGUUGGGCCGGUAUCUCGACUCCAGUAUCCGAUCUGUAGAUAACUUAAAGAGUGAUUUCUAUGUAUACGACAUACAAUCGAAUCGAUGGUCACUGGUAUGCGAUGAUACCGGCGCUGUUGGCGGACCGGCGCUGGUGUUCGACCACCAGAUGUGUAUAGAUUUGGAGAAAAAUACUAUUUAUGUGUUCGGGGGUCGAGUGCUCUCAUGUCUGUCUGAUGAACGCGCGGCCAACUGUCCGGAACUGCCGGUGUUUAGUGGUCUGUAUAUAUACGAAGGGAAUAGCGGUAAAUGGCGUAAACUUCGGGACGAUUGUCCGGCGGUAGGUGUUCCCCAGAGCGCCGGCAGUAAAGAGAUAAAGUCACGGAUCGGCCAUUCGAUGCUUUUCCACCAGAAGUCGCGACUGUUGUACGUAUUCGCGGGUCAGCGACAGAAGGAGUACUUGAGUGACUUCUUCACGUAUAACGUGGACACGGAUGAGAUAGUGGUCAUCAAUGAUGGACACAAGUCGGAGGUACCCUCCGCAGGGUUCACACAGAGGGCUACCAUUGAUCCUGAGACCAAUGAGAUACAUGUGCUGUCGGGCUUAAAUCGAGACAAAGACAAGGAUAAGGAGAGGGAUAAGGACGCGGACCGGGCGGACAGGGAUAAGGGGACGGUAGGCGCCUCUGCCGGCGAUGAGGAGACGGUGAAGAACUCGUUUUGGGUGUACGACAUACCGGACAACCGGUGGUCAUGUAUUUACCGCAACCACAGCUCACUGGACACCGACUCCGACGCCACCAAUAAUAACAAUACGAUUGGCGCCGACACCGAGACUACUCCUACCGCCUCGACAGCCGCCUCAGCGGUGGUGGACGCGGGUGACACAGCCUGUGGUGAGCCCUGUCAGCCGUGUCCCCGGUUUGCCCACCAAUUAGUCUACGACCACAUUCAUAAGUGUCACUAUCUGUUUGGUGGUAAUCCCGGACGUAAUCAGAGCCCGAAGCUCAGGCUCGACGACUUCUGGACACUGGAGCUGAAACGGCUGUCCAGUGAGGAGUUGUUGCGUAAGUGUCGCCGUCUGGUCAGAGAGCAGUCGUACCGCGAGAUCAUACAGAGGGCGCCCCAGAGGGCCAUCCAAUACCUCCAGAAUCAGUUGUCGCAGACUUUUGACCACUCGGUGCCCGACGAGAGCCGUGCGUUCCAGUCGUUGGCGGCACUGAUGUUCCAAUGCGAGGGCGACACCGACAGCCCUAACCCCGUGUCGAUGGAAACGGAUCCCCCGGACGACCCCAACUACAGGAGCCGUACGAAAGUGUUCGACACAAUCGUCGAGUACUUCCCCGAAGACAUGACUCAACCGAAGGCUAAUUUAGUCGAUUUGGUGCUGAUCUGAUGGAAAGGCAUGUAAAAGAGUGUGUGAGUGAGUGUAUGAGCGGCUCCUAUAGGCAAUGGGCCCGCAUUUUAUCGUUGAAAAUGUAAUUUUAUUCUCAAAUCAUUUGUCUUAAUAAAAGCAAAUAAAAAAUAUAUAAA